AUGAGUAACAAAAAUCAUAACGAUAAUAACUAUGGCACGAUCCAGUAUCCUAAAAAAAAUACAAUAAUUACAGAUGAAGCGGAUGAUAAUGAUUCACUCAAUAUCAUUGCGGAACAACUACCACUCACUAAAACACCAGAAUCUCCACCUCCACCAAUUCACUACACUUACGAAAGAUUGAUCUUAGAAUGGACAUUAAGCAAGAUGUUUCGGCAGACUAAUCUAUUAUGUUUGUCGAGUAAUUUGGGAAAUCUUUUUUUAUUCGAUUCAAAUGCUUGGCUGGCUGCUAUGUUUAUAUUUGAUAUUAUUCCAAUGAUAAUCGGUAGAUGUAGAUGCAAUAGAUUAGCACUGCCGAAAGGUGAAUCGGCAGAAGUUUCAUUUUCAUAUGAUCCGUACAAAUUUACAGAUUUGAAGAUUAAUUCUUUAGGGAAAUUAUAUAAACGAGAGGUUCACAUAUUUCAGAAUAAUGACAACAACUCAACAAAUAUAAACCUAGAUGUUCGAAUAAAUUCACUUAACCCCGCCGGUGUAGAUAUUAGAUUCGAGGAAGAAGGAUUUACGAAAACAUUAACUGCGGUUCAAGAUUAUUAUCCAUUAUUUCCAGAUUGGGGUUUUAUCGGAUCUCCUAGUUGCGGCACAGUUCUCAUAAACAUUCACCUGCCGAAAAAGUUUUCAAAUCCAUCGAGGAUAUUGACGAAUUUUGACCUUGACGGGUACGAUGUUUUCGUGUUUUCUAAUAAAUUUCCAAUAGAACAUGAGACAUUUAAAAUAAAUGCGAAUGAUGGGUUCAUCUUUCUCGAUGGGAUUCAUCUAAAGAACUUUUCUAUUUGGGGAAAUAUUGGAGGCCCGAAUAUCAAAGCGAUACGUGUCAAUAGACUACUUGUUAAAAGAUUCGAAAAUAAACUUCAAGUUUGGAUCUCGUCGAUUCCAUUAGAGUUUGAACGUGCUUUAUUCCCUUUUAAAAAAAUUAAUUUGCAGUUAAAAGAUACCUUUUCGGGAAAAUAUGACUUCCAAGCUGACGGAUACGUAUAUGUAAUCGGCGGCGGUAGCAACAGAACAAAAAUAAUUGACCGAUAUGACCGGCAAAUUGGUUUUGUAUAUGGUGGCGGGGAAUCUCAGUUGAUAGUCACAGCAGAAGGUGGUGAUUUGGAAGUAAAAUUUUGA